GCAGUAUUUCUGGCUUCUAUGCUUGUUUCCUGGCUCCACCUCUCCGGUCACCUCCCAUUCCGGUAUUGCGAUACUGUGCUCACUGUGAUUGGGUAUAUCCUAAUGGCAGUGGGGCAAAAAGAUCUUCUCCGCACACUCUUGGGCUCGCUUGGCGGUGCCUUUAGCACCCUGCGCCUUGAGCCAUCCUUUCAGAUUCUGCCUGUAUGCCCUGAGUGUCAUGACGUAUUCCCCACGUCUGUUCCCUUUGCCGAUCCACUCACCCGAUGCCGUGCUUGUCGCCAUCCUCUUUUCCGACCUGUUCUCGAGGCGGAGCAAGGACGGCGGGGACGACGCCAGAAGGCGAAACCACUGCUAGCCUUUCCCUUCAAAUCUUUGGUGGAGCAACUUGCUACAAUUCUUGGCAUGCCCGGAGUGGAGGACGCGAUGGAUGCUUGGCGCAAACGUCCUCGCGUCCUGGGAUUACUCGCAGACAUAUUUGAUGGCCGUAUUUGUCGUAAGCUCCUAGGACCAGAUGGACUGUCGUUCUUCAGGUAUGACCUUGGUGAGACUGGGCCAAACGAUGAGCUUCGCAUAGGACUCACUCUCGGGGUCGAUUGGUUCUCGUACUUGCGGAGCAAGAUAUCACCAUCACAUUCGUCUUGUCCUAUGUCGUUCAGCAUCAUCAAUUUGCCAUUCUAUCUCAGAUAUCGGACCGCCUAUCUACUCUUAGCAGGCAUUAUGCCUGGGCCGAAGGAAGCAGAUCCAGACCAAGUACAGCGGUAUAUGCGAGUUUUAGUCAAUGAGCUCAUCCGUCUCUGGAAAUACGGCGCCAUGGUGCCGACACCGAAGUAUCCCAAAGGUAGACGCAUACGUGUCAUCCUGGUUGGCGUGGUGUGUGACAAACCUGCCGCGCACAAACUUGGCGGCUUUGGUUCGCACGCGCACACGUACUUCUGUAUUCAAGACUGGAUAUCGCAAACAUUCAAGGCAACUAUUGAGGCGUUUAAGGCGAAUGCAUUCCGGACACGCACAGAUGCCGAGCAUCGCAGCUUUAUGGCUCAGUAUCAGCAGUGCAGUUCAAAGGGCGAACGUGAGGACUUUGCUCGGAAGUAUGCCACCCGUUGGUCAGAACUCGCACGCCUGCCAUACUUUGAUAUGUGCCGGAUGAUCGUCGUUGAUCCCAUGCACAAUCUUUUCCUGGGGCUCGUAAAAACUCACUUCUACCACAUCUGGGUCCAGCUGAAGAUCUUGAGAAAGACGAAGGAGUUGCGGCAAUUGCACUCCGUUCUCGAGAAGCUCGAGCUGCCUGCUACUCUUGGCCGCCUGCCGAGGCUGAUCGGGGAGCCUGCGGGCGGUUCGCUCACAGCAGACCAGUGGCUUAUUCUAGCAACGGUCAUAGGGCCUCUCGUGAUUCCGGAUAUCUGGAGAGAUUGUGCUCCAGACCCUGAUGGCUCUCGCUUGCAGCAGCGUCUCAGCGCACUGACAGGGGUGGCAGCCAAACGUCGGGCCCAGCGGACUACUCGCUACGCUGCCCCAGGAGGUAAGGCUGGAAGCAAACGAAAGCGCACGUCCGGCCGGGUCAAGAAGAGAGCACCCAAAGUUUCAUCAGCAUCUCGGACAGAUAUAUCUGACGAUGAUGGGGGGAUUGAAAUAGAUGCGGAAGAGAACUGGUCUGAUGACUCAAGUGAUGGAGACGACGCCUGGAGUGCGCAGGCGUCAAUCCAUGAGCGAGACGUCCCAAACUUUCUCAAGCUCGCUGAAGCACUAACAACAUUUCUCGCAGAUGAGCUGUCAGAGGAUGAUGUGAUGAUUGCGGACCAGCGGCUUCGUGAAUAUUGCACGGAACUCUUGGAGUUGUACGGGCCAGCUAUUAUCCGGCCCAACCACCACUAUGCAACGCACACAGGGGACUUUGUCCUUGACUAUGGGCCUUUGCGGGAGUUCUGGACGUUUGUUUUUGAACGGCUGAACAAAGUUCUCAAGAGCUUCAAAACGACCGGACGUGCUGGUGGAGAACUCGAGUGCUCCUUUUUUCGAGAAUUCCACCGUUCUGUCCGUCUGCACCGUUUGGUAAGCUCAGCCUUUCAUACGAACUCGGACCCAGGUCUCCAGGCAAGCUGUGAUGCUAUGUUGGCGGCUGCUGCAGAUGAUCGCGGUACUUUGCAGAACCUCGUGCAGGAUCUCGACAACACCUUCGCUGACAAGGGGAAAAUUUGCGAGCUGAGCCGACGUGCCUCUCGGGAGAUGUUCCCCGAAGACCUAUACUACACACUCUUGAAGCACGUCCAGUCGCGGCAUCCCCUUCAACAAUUCCAUUCUUUCAUCUCCUUGGCGCCAUCGCCGACUAGCACGCUUGUCCCGAACAUCGCCACUUUUUUCGACUACGCUAUCAUCCACGGUCACCGAUAUUACGCCUCCCGUCGCACAAUCUCGCCACGAAAUUCUCUCGCUCUCGUGCAGUGGAACACCUCAGGAUCUCCCUCUCAGCGUCGUCAUGCUGGUGAAAUCACUGAUAUCUUCAUGUUCGAGCACCCAAGCGUGGGUGCUGUCUAUUUAGCUGCAGUCCGGUGG